AUGUCCCGUGUGUACUCGUUCCCCGGUGUUGCCCUCGUCACUGGUGCCGGGGGAACCGGCAUCGGAGCCGCAGUCGCCAAGGCAUUUGCCGCCGCAGGAUGUGAGAGAAUCGCAAUCACCGACAUCAAUCAGACCUCACUGGAAGAAACGAAGAAAUCUAUUCUUGCCUCCUACCCUGCAACUCGUCUUGUUGCGGAAGCAGGCAACGUCGCAGAUGAGCCGUUUGUCGAAGCGUUCUUGGGCCAUGUAGUUCGCGACCUAGGACGCAUCGACUAUGCCGUGAACUGCGCCGGUGUGCUCGGGGAUGGUGUCCGAUCGACAGAGACAACGACAGAUGCAUUUGACCGUAUCAAUAACAUCAACUAUCGCGGUUGUUGGCUAUGCUCCAGGGCCGAGUUAAAACAUAUGCUCGAACAAGAACCCCUUCCCAGUCAUGAUCCAAAUCGCGCACCCCAGCGAGGGGCAAUUGUCAAUAUAGCCAGUCAGCUGGGAAUUGUUGGACGUCCUGCUGCCCGUACGUUAUAUGUUCUGAAGUCCUCUUGGUGCCUCAUAUUGUGGCUCCAAAGCCGCCGUCAUAGCCUUAACACGCUCUGA